AUUCAUUCGUCUUUGCAACUUGCAUCAUUUUUAUAAACUUAUAAAAGUGAGUCCUUUUUAUUUAUUUUUUUCUUCACACUCAUUAUACUUCUCUCCCCUUGACUUGACUUCAAUAUUUUUCAAUCACCCACUUCAUACGCCACUCACAUUUUCUAUUUCUACCUUCAAACCCACUUCAUACGUCUAGAAUCAAAUCUUUUUGUUGAAAAGUUUCAAUUUUUAUUCAAGUUUAUUCAUUUUAUAUUCAAAAGACUUCAUCUUUAACUCUCUAUCUCAUGAUCAUGUGCCUCUUUUUCUUUUAUUUGAGGGAAAUUAGGGGCUGUUGAUCUUUUGAUCUUUUGCAGACAGAUUGAUCUUGAGGUGGAUAAAGUUUUGACAGUUAGAAAAUCAAAUUAAGAAGCUAUGAGGUGUUUCGGGUUCUCUUACAACGAACCAAAGGGAGAAUCCUCAAAAACCUCAACAAAAUCAGUUUCUAAUUCCAUCCAAUCAUCCAGUUCUACGUUCACAACAGAUCGCGAUAUCGGACGGUCUGGAUCAGAAUUUAAUUCUCAGAAUGUUUCCGAUCGUAGCAUAGAGUCGGUUGGUAGCAUGAACUUCCCUAGCUUUUCACAAAAAUCGAGUAAUCUUACGGUAUUCACAUUUGCCGAACUCAAGACGGCUACCAAGAACUUUAGCCGGGCUGCAAAGAUUGGCGAGGGUGGGUUCGGGUGUGUCUAUAUAGGUGUCGUUAAGAACCCUCAAGAUCCUACUAAAGGGUUAGAAGUGGCGGUUAAACAGUUGAGCAGAACAGGUUUACAGGGGCACAAAGAGUGGAUAACCGAAGUGAACGUUCUCGGAGUGGUUGAGCAUCCAAAUCUUGUAAAACUAGUUGGUUAUUGUGCGGAAGACGAUGAAAGAGGAAUACAACGGCUUCUAGUCUAUGAAUAUAUGCCUAACCGAAGUGUCGAGGACCAUUUAAGUGCAAGAUCCGGCACACCACUCUCAUGGGCCAUGAGACUCAAAGUGGCUCAAGAUGCGGCUCGUGGGUUGACGUAUCUACAUGAAGAAAUGAGUUUUCAGAUUAUUUUUAGAGAUUUCAAGUCUUCCAACAUUCUGCUAGACGAGCAUUGGAAUGGGAAGCUUUCGGAUUUUGGAAUGGCUCGGUUAGGUCCUCAAGAAGGACUCACCCAUGUCUCUACUGCGGUUGUAGGAACCAUGGGAUACGCGGCUCCAGAAUACAUCCAAACCGGUCAUCUAACAUCGAAGAGCGACGUAUGGAGCUACGGGGUCUUUCUAUACGAACUUAUCACGGGCAGGAGCCCACUGGACAAAAACCGGCCCAAAAACGAGCAGAAGCUUCUAGAAUGGGUGAAACCGUACCUAGACUCCAAAAAGUUCCGGCUAAUCGUUGACUCAAGACUCGAGGGUAAGUACUCGCUAAAAUCAGCACAAAAGUUGUCGAUAAUAGCGAAUAGGUGCUUGUCUAGAAACAGUAAGUCAAGGCCGAAGAUGAGUGAGGUUCUAGAAAUGGUCAACCAACUCAUCGGGGGUAAGUCACAAGCGACCGGUCCUGCAUCACUCAGGAGUCCGGCCCCGGUGGUUACUAUGGAGACGAAAACGGCUUUUGCGGGUCCCUCCCAGCGUCAAAAGACAGGUGCGGACACGAGAUCUAAAGUUGAAAAAGGGUCUCAUUUGGAUGAUCAGUCUGCUCGUUUUGCGCGGCCGAAGUUGGUGACAACUUGUUGAUUCCUAGUAUUUGAGAAUGAGUUUUGCAGUGUAUGUUGUUGCCCUUGAUGAUUCUGAACUUUUGGGAAUGACUUUUAUGGAAGGUGUAUUAAUAUGUUAUAUUUUGUAGUAAUUGUAAUUGUAAUUGUAAAUAUAUUACAAACUAACAUGGGAGGAGCAGAUUAGGCAAGAUUUGCUAGAGUUGCACCUUUUUGAGGACAUGGUCCAGGAUAGAAGUUCGUGGAGACGCAGGAUUAAGGUUAAAGAUUUUUUAGGAGAGAGUAAUGAGGUGUCUCAGAUUUUUGGGUUAGGGGUUUAUAUUUUCUACUUUUCGGGUGGACCUUACAUGUGUUUAUCAUCUUGUGUGUAUGUGUGUGUAUAUAUAUAUAUUGCUUUAGGGCUA